CAAAUGCGUAGAAUAGAAACGCCAAACCUUCAGUUCAGAACGACGUCGGCUUUCGUCGUGUACGGUAUUGUGUUAGCGUUCUAGUUUGUAGAAAUCACUUAAAUCCUUUUUUUCCGCUCUUUGCAUCUGUUUUCCUAUCGUGCGUCGUUUUCACCUUUAGUUUUUCAUAACGGUCGGUGAAGCUUCGUAGAUUGUAUUCUUCAGGAGCAAAGUAGAAAGUUCGAAAUAUGGCCGAGGAAAAGAACGAAACGAGUCCGAACGCGGAGGGCGAACAGCCCGCGCAGGAAAUAACUCCGCCUGUCAAGGACGAAUCCAAGGAAAUCGUCAAAGAGGCUACGAAAGUCGAAGAGAAUGGCGAGGGUGAAAAGCCCAAGGAGAACGGAGAGGAUAAGGCUACUCCAGAGCCCAAGGACAUGAAGGCCAUCGUACUCAACGGAUUUGGCGGCCUCAAGAGCGUUAAGGCCCUCAGGAAGCCUGAGCCGACCCUGGGCGAGGGAGAGGUCCUCAUACGAGUCAAGGCAUGUGGUCUCAAUUUCCAAGAUCUGAUGGCCAGACAGGGUGCCAUCGACUCUCCGCCAAAAACCCCCUUCAUCUUGGGGUCUGAGUGUGCCGGAGAUAUCGAGCAAGUUGGUGAAGGUGUCGAGAAUUUCAAAGUUGGUGACAGGGUUGUUGCUUUACCAGACCACAAAGCCUGGGCUGAACUCGUUGCUGUCCCUGCAACUUCCGUUUUUGCUUUGCCACCUGACAUGAGCUAUCUGGAUGCAGCGGCUAUAACUAUGAACUACACUGUGGCUUACAUUUUACUUUUCGAAAUGGCAAACAUCACGCCCGGAAAAAGUUUACUUCUUCAUAGCGCUGGAGGUGGUGUGGGUCAAGCCGUUGUGCAACUCGCCAAAACUGUUAAGGAUGUUACCAUCUUUGGAGUCUGCAGCAAAUCAAAGCACGAACAACUUAAAGACUCCGGAAUCGAUCAUCUUCUGGAACGUGGCGUCGACUACGUGAAUGAAGUCAGAAAGAUUUCCGCUGAAGGCGUUGACAUCGUCUUGGACUGCCUAUGCGGGCAGGAAUGCAAUAACGGUUACGCCCUUUUGAAACCGAUGGGACGAUAUAUUCUGUACGGAUCGAGCAAUGUCGUCACGGGCGAGACCAAAAGCAUUUUCUCGGCAGCGCGAUCCUGGUGGCAGGUGGAUAAGGUUUCCCCUAUCAAGCUCUUCGAUGAGAACAAAACGAUUUCCGGUUUCAAUUUGCGUCACCUGAUGUACCAGCACGGAGGUACUGCUUACGCACGAAAAGCUGUAAACCAGGUCUUCCAAAUGUGGAAAGACGGAAAAGUAAAGCCCGUGGUGGACUCAACCUGGGCGCUCGAGGAUGUCCCUGAGGCUAUGCAGAAGAUGCAUGACCGAAAGAACGUGGGAAAAAUCGUUCUCGACCCAAGCCUGGAGCCAAAACCGAAGCCAGCAACUCCAGCGAAAACCAAGACAAAGGACAAGAAGAAUGCGAAUCAGGAAGAGAAGAAAGCUGCAAGUGUUGAUUCCGAUGAAGGCGAGAAGAAAAAGGAACCGGAAUUGACUAACGGAACGUCCGAGGACAAAUCUGAUAGUGAUUCGAAAGAGAAGGAAUCGAGCUGAAUUAUUAAUGCGCAAUAAAUUUGAAACACGAAGAAGCUGGUGUUCUUCAACAACAAAUUAGGAAACAACAGAAGAACCGAAUUUCCACGCGCAAUAAAAAAAAGCUUAAUUUACUGAUAAUGGUCUUCUUAAAGCCGUCACGCAGAGAUGAUAAUUAUGUGUGAGUAUAUUGUAAGAUCCAUGCGAAGAUCUACUUUAAAUCGAUUUGCCGAACAUGCGAAUCUACAUUGUUCGUCUUCAGUUUCCUUUCUUUACAAUCUUUAACAACUCGAACGUGAUAUCAUUUUAGAAGUUAACGAUAAAAGGAACGGCGCAUUUAUUUCCUUUUUCUUUUAAGUUAGUAUAGCGUCUUCUCUACGAGUCUGGGCACGAUCUCAGUGUGAAAAUCGCGAAGAGAAGGAGAGUCUUGAAUGUCCUUUUAUGUCGCAUAAGCUAAUGCAAAAAGAACCAAAUACAAUAUCAAUUUUGACGUGGGCCACAGUAGUUUACAAUUUCAAGGAGCCCCUUUUUAUUUUUAAAAUCAUACAGCAGAUGAGUUAAUUUUGAAAACGUAUGUCUAAUAAAAAAAGCUAUCGAUAAUUGCAAAUGCUAUUCUCCUAUACUAUACAAUAAUAACUCUUCCAUUAUGAGUAACGGUGCGUGUUAGAAGUAUCGAAGAAGGCAGUCGAAAAUUCAUUCCAAUUCUGUUAAUACGUACAAAAAAAAGGCCUACGAUUUUUUAAGAAAGCCUUUGUUUGAAGACAAAAAAAGUAAGGUAUCGAUUUCAACUAUUCUGAUCAACGACUUAAAACUAAUUUAGGGAAGGAUCAAUUGUUGUAGAUCCUCGAAUACUCGAUAUAACUGAACUGAUCUUUUUAUAUCUGCUUUUUUUUUACUUAGAGGACUUAGUAGAUUCACUGAAAGACAAUCGAGAAUCCGAGGUACCUACUUAGAUAGAAUUCGUAAAUGGCUUCAUACUUUUGCUACGAUUUACUUGACUUAAAAAAAUUUUCGACGACAGUUGAAUCGUGCUCUGCGAUGCACCACGGGUUCUCUUUUGCUUUGGGUAUUCAAUCAACCAACAAUUUUCGUACUUUACGUGACAGGAAAAGACUUGAGAUGUUAUAUUUUUUAUAAGUAUCAUUGUACGAGAAGAAACUCGAGGCCAAACUGAGAUACUGCAAAACUUUUCAUUUUCAAAAAGAGACUCGCACAAUUCUUCCAGAGAAUGAUUCGAACUGUGAGAAGCAACAUGCAUAUCUCCGAAACAGUGGAACAAUUUUAAGUAGCUAAUCCGAGUGUUUGAUAUCAGCCCUGGUGAGAAAAAGAUCCUAAUAUUCUCCGACUUUCGGAAACUUUUGAAUAAGCAGAGAACCCAAAAAUCAAUUUUUCUGUAAAAAAGACUUUUAAGAAGAACAGACUAUUGUGACAUUAGAGUAUAUUUUCUUAAACGUUCCGAAAAGAGGAGGAUGGUGAAUUUAGGAAGUUUUUUUCACCAAGGAAGUCUAUAUUUCAGUGAACUAUACGUGUAAUUAAAAUUAACUGGCGAAGAAUAUUCGUCGGCGUCUUGAAUUAAUUUUGCGUCGCUGCAAGCAUGAGUAAAAAAACAGAGAAUGAAGCGUGAGUGUCGAAGCGCAUAAGUAUAGAGCAUAACGAACGAAAUAGACGUGAAGUCGCAUUCGUAGAAAAAAAUCAGGAUAUACAGAUUGCACAUACACGCGCACAACCCUUACAUGGAAACUCACACAGACUUAAAACCAUACGAACAUUGUAUAUUUUACGUAAGGCUUUAAAUGUUUCAUGAAAUAACUACCUAUUAUAUUAUAAUAUAUCUAUAUAUUUGUAAUGAGUAACGACCAUUUCUACUCUCAUUGAUUUGUCCCAUUUUAAUGAUCGAAGAAUUGUCGAGUUAGGGGCAAUUCCUAAAUCGAGAGACCCACCGGGUUUCUCCAGCAAUCUUCAUUUUUUCAAUGUUGUUUUAUGUCGAAAAACGAAAGACUACUUGCUUGUUUCGUAGAAAACAAGCAGAUGGAAAAUCGUGAAUGAUUUAUAUUCCAUUUUAAUUGAUCAAUUUGUUGGAAGGCGACGUUGUCACGAGCAAUUUCAUUCAUUUUAUUUUUUUGUUUGGAAUCAUCACUACACAUACUACAAUAUAAUAUGCACUUUCCUUCGCGAGAAAGCAAAUCUAUAACUAUACAAUAUAAUUAUUUUUAAGGAGCCGAUACUCUAUUCGUGGAUCACUUUUGGUCUGCGAAACGAUAAACUGUAAUAACGAUGAAGUAAUUAUGUGUAAAAUUGUAAAAUUUAUUGAAGGGAAGCGGCCGAAAAUCCGUAGGUUUUCAAACGAGAGAUACUGGAGAACGUUUUACUCUGACCUGCAGUUAGUAGAGAAGUUUUGGCAUUCCAUGAGGGCGAUUUGGGUGGAGUAAAGAUGGAAAAAGUACGCCUUUUCGCACGCUUCCCUACGGCUUGAUAUAUAGAUUGUAUUUUUGGCUUAUUAUUGUAAGACUGACUAUGUUGCUAUAUUAAAAGAUUGCUUCGAAAACAG